UGCGUAGUGCAUAUUCAACAACCAAAGUGUUCUUCUUCUUCUUCUUUCUUUUAGUUUUGGUGGAGGCUUCAUGGGGUCUAUCGUUGGAGGCAAAAUAUCUUUCUUUUAAUUGGACUGAUUAUACGAUACAAAGGUUGAAGUCUCGUUAUUAUUGGGCGAUUAUAUCAAGGCACGGCCGGAUGAGGGAUUUAAAAUCUCGAGUCGAAUCGAAUAAACUCGCUUCUAGAGAUCCAGUCUUUUAUCAAGACGCCAAUGUGGAUAUAAAGUGGGACAUGAUGAAUGAAACUGACUAGCAUGUAAAUAUAGUUUUCCAAAGUUGACAAAUAAAAAAUAGUUUUCCAAAAAAAUAAUUAUUAUUUAAAAAUUCGCCGAGUUAAAAUUGCUCGGACAAGGAGGAGUAGCCGCGUCUGUUGGAAACACACGCCGCCGGAAGAAGAAACAGGGACAUGGGUCGUCGACUCUCAUUAACCACUUCGAUUCAGCGAGUCCGCUUCUUCUCCUACUUAUCUCAGCAUAAUGCAAGAAAAGGUGUGUUCGCUUGCUCUAGCUAUGGAAGUCAUUAUCUGUCGUCUUUAGCUGAAGCUUCAGACUGUGAGCUUGACGAAUCUCCAGAUGAUACCAAAGUGACGGAGAAAGACACUAAUCUACGUUCUGCGUUAUCACAGCUUUCGGUGUCAGGUGUUUUUGAUGAAGACUCUAAGCUGUGGUUGCAACGCUUCUCCAGAACAAGGAGAGUUUCUGUCAUAUCUACCGGUUCACUCAACCUUGAUCUAGCUCUAGGUGUUGGAGGCUUGCCAAAGGGAAGAAUGGUUGAGGUUUAUGGAAAAGAAGCUUCUGGAAAGACAACUCUAGCUCUUCACAUCAUCAAAGAAGCUCAAAAGCUUGGAGGCUAUUGCGCUUACCUUGAUGUGGAGAAUGCCUUGGAUCCUAAACUAGCAGAGUCAAUAGGUGUGAACACGGAAGAGCUUCUAAUAUCAAGACCUGAUUCUGCUGAAAACAUGCUGAGUAUUGUCGAUGUGUUAACCAAGUGUGGAUCAGUAGACGUCAUUGUGGUUGAUAGUGUUGCUGCUCUUGUCCCUCAAUGUGAAGUUGGUGUUCCUCUAGGGGAUAGAUACAGAGACAGACAAUCAGUAAUAAUGACACAGGCGCUUAGGAAAAUACACUAUUCAGUUGCUAGUUCUCGGACGCUGAUUGUUUUUCUUAAUCAGGUCAGGUCACAUGCCAAGUCUAACAUGCGUUUCCCACAUUCUGAAGAAGUGACUUGUGGGGGAAACGCAUUGCGGUUUCAGGCAGCUAUACGUCUCAAAAUGAUAAGAACAGGGCUGAUAAAAACUGACAAUGAGGUAAGUGGUCUGAACGUGUGCGUGGAAGUGGUGAAAAACAAACUGACGCCAGGGAAAAAAAAAUCUGAAUUGGGGAUUCACUUUGGUCGUGGCUUCUACGUGGAGCGUGAGGUGUUAGAAUUGGGUUGUGAGCAUGGAGUUAUUGCAAGAGAAGGUAAUAGCCAUUUGAUUGAAGGCGAGGUUGUUGAUGGCAAAGACGCAGCUGAAAAGUACCUGCUGGAAAAUAAGGAGGUUCUUGAUACCGUCAUCAAUACCCUGAGGAAGCAGCUCUUCUAGAUGUGGUGUCCCAUUUAAGCAAAAGUGAAGGAGCGUUAAGUAGUUAGGUAACUUAACUAGAAGGAGCAGAGAAAGCAUGUCAAAGCCUAGUUGUUGUUAAAUGAUCUCAUAGGCACUGUUCUUGCAAGAUUUUAACUUCUUUCCUUCAGUGUUAGAACCAAUUUCAUUUGUGGAAUGUGGGAAGUGUU